AUGGUUGCUGCUUCCACAAGAACAUAUCUUGCGUUCCAGCACAAUGCAAAGUUGUACUCUCUUGCAACAGCAGUCCGAUCAAUACGUUCAGCGACUUCACUAGAAGAGGCCAAUCAAUCUCUGUUCAAGCAAAUCACCGAUGACGACCAUGUGGUUGUCACUGAGCAAACAAUCUUCCACCCUCAAGGUGGUGGUCAGCCCUCCGACGUAGGCAUCAUGAAGACAUCGAACAGCAUUUUCAAUGUCAGCGCUGUUCGCAUGGAUGCUGUUUCCAAUGGACAAGUUCUGCAUUUUGGACGUUUCGAGUCUGGAAACAGCGCAUUUGCUGAAGGAGAAACCGUCACUCAGGAGAUUGAUACUGAGAAGCGCCUGCUCUACUCAAGGCUACACACAGCAGGACACGUACUCGGAGCUGCAACUAGAAAACUACUUGAGAAGGAGAUCGAAGGAUUCGAUGAACUGAAGGCAUCGCACUUCCCUGACGCUGCAUCUUGCGAGUUCCAAGGGUCAAUUGAGGGCAAGUGGAAAGAUGCAAUUCAGAAAAAGGUUGACGAAUAUAUCGAUAGUGACAUGCCGGUGGAGAUUGAAUGGUGGGACGAGGAGGAUUUCAAAAAGAAUGGUCUUGAAAGACUUAUCACCGACAACCCCAAUGUUGCAGCAGGCGAGAAAUUCAGAGUUGUCAAGAUUGUUGGAGCAGAUACUUAUCCUUGUGGUGGCACUCAUGUCGACAGCACAGCGGCUUGUGGCAAGACAACAGUCAGGAAGAUCAGCAGGAGCAAGGGAACAAGCAGAGUUUCAUAUGCUGUUGCAUAG